UAGAAAAGCAAAUUUAAACUAUGCCAAGAGCAAUUAAAAAAUAGAUUAAGAAAUCGUUUGACAUUUGCAUUCAUUUACAUACAGCUUGCAAUGCUUUCUCCGUACGGUACGUGACUUCAGCACCACCUGAUUUCGUGUGGUUUGUUUUUGUUUGCACUUAAAAAAAAAAAGAAAAAAAAGAAACAUAUUUGCUCGCUAAGAGAAAUCUGAUUACGAAUAGAAACCAAAAAAGAAAAGUGAAUUGUGUGCACAAAAUGCCAUCGUUUAUAUUGGUACCACCGGUGGCGAAGCCAUUAGCCGCCUUCGAGCCACGCCCCUCGAGGUCUUCUCCGGAAGUGCAGGCGAAAAGGCGGAAUUUGUUCGGUACGUGUGAUAGCGCCGACAUCGACGCCCUUCUAGACGAGGAGAAUUCUCGCCAGGUCCACUACAUGGCGGAGCGCUAUAAUAUAGAUCUCGACAAAUUAGAGGAAAAGUGCAAUCAGCUGAGUUCAGUGGAGCCUGUGAAAACGCAAAAGUUUACCGUUAGCAUUAGCGAAAAGAAAAGUCUUAAAUUUGCGGACUUGGAUGCGCAACAAGUAAUUCUAGUUGCACAAAAAAACGGCGUUAAACGCAACUUUCCCGUACGCAAAGCUUACAAAGGAGAUUCGAGAGUGCCAAAACGUAAAAUUAAUCAGAUCAGCAGCGACCGCGUUGAGGCUGAUAGCCAUAAUAGCGAAAUUGGGCCAAUUGGGGAGAAGAGGAUGUGCAAAGGGUGUAGGAACAAUAACUGCAAUAAUUGAUAUUUAUUACAUAUUUUUUUUAUUAUUAUUUAACUUAUGUUUUUUUAUAUGUGUAUAUUUUUGUUUAAACAAAACCAAGACUUAACAGUACAUUUAGUGGGCUUCGAAUACGACAGCACACCAACACGCACACUCAAAAAAAAAAAAAAGAAGAUUACAAAUUAAUUACUAAUAACAAACCCCCAAUUUCAAAGCGUUCUCAGCGUGUUUCCGGCUUCUGCUGCACGCGUGUGCCGAAAGUAUUUACAGUUUGUCAUGAUCUCAAUAAAAAAAUUGUACAUUAUUUUGUCUAAAUGUAAUUUAUUAAUUGAAAUUAUUUAAAGCAAACAAACUACAGAGACUAUUUUGACUAUUCUCUGUUAAUUGUGUAUAAUAUGUUAAUUCGAAUUACGGUAAACAAAAUUGUAAACUCUACUAAAGAGAAUUGUCUCAUUGUUAUUGACAUUCUUUAGGGGAGAGAAAAUCUUAAAGUAGAAAAAAAAAAAACAA